UUCCUCUCCAUUUUGCCUUCAUUAGCAUCAGCAAUAGUUACUACAUCUUAAGCUACUUGUUCUUUCAUACCUACACCAUGGCUCCUUUUUGUGGCUGGUUAUUACCUCUCCUGCUGACUGUAGCGCUUGCAGAUGCAGCCGAGAUCCAUACGAUAAGAGUAGGAUUUGCAGGAAGCUAUGUUUUUGAUCCAAUAAUAACAAUUGCGGAUGUUGGGGAUCUAGUCGUCUUUAAGUUCUUCCCAACUAACCACUCAGUUGUCCGUGGCGAGUAUACGGGAUCUGAGGCCUGCGGGAGCAGUCAAUGCAACCCCUGCGUACCAUACGAAUUAAUCCACCCGGGUCAAACAGGGUUUCACUCCCAAAAUUUCCUUACACAAACAGCUUCAAGUGGAGAUGCUCCAUCUUUCAAUAUAACCAUUGGAGACAACUUCCCUAUAUGGUUCUAUUGUUCAGCUCUUGAUUCAUGCCAUCCGAACGGAAUGGUUGGGGUAAUUAAUCCUGCUGAAGGCCAAUCUAUUGAUACACAGAAAUCUGCAGCAAUAAGUGCAGAAUACCAGCUCCUUCCAGGCCAGUCAUGGCCAGCAGAAGGUACUAGUCCAGGCUCGCAACCAAGUUCAACAUCUUCCGUAUCUAAGAACCUGGAGAGCCAGAAGGUAUCAGGCAGUGCCAUUGCCGGUAUAGUCAUUGGUAUCUUACUGGCAAUAGUACUCACAGUUGCUAUGGUCUUUGUUAUAAGGCGAGCAAAACAGGGAAAUGCCCAGAAGGAUCCAGAAGAUUCCAUGUCCUUAACUGAACGCGACGAUGAGGAACAGACGGUCCCUGUGGCAAUGGAAUUUGAGCCAGCAACGCCCCGCAUCCAGAGUGAUCUUGUCAGACCUCUCUCCUCAACACCAUCACUUCAGCAGAACAAGUCUGUACAACGGAUCUUUUACAAAUACCCAUUUAUUGAGAAACCACUGGUGGCUCCAACGGGUCAUCCUGCAUUUAGAUCAGAAGCAUCCAGGGACACCGCAAAUGAGCUAAGGGGAGAAGAGGCUUUCAUCGCUAGGGCUUCAAGAUGAACAUUUAGAUCACUUCUUC